AUGGAGCAGCCUGUGCGACUGUUGGGUUUCGUGUUUCUGCUGCUCUUGGCAGUAGCAGCGACGCAGUGCUCCGUGGCUUUGGCGUCAAUAGACCCUCUAGAGAACGAAAAUGGACUGCCUUCUUCUCUUGAAGGAGUGCCACAGUCAGAGAAGCAGCCAGAUUCAACGCCGGAAACCGAUGAAGCAGCAGCAGCUGCCGCUCGCGGCGACGGAGUCUCUGUCACCCCUGCAGACGAGUUUGCAACAGCAUCAGAAGAACCAGCAGCUGCGGCAUCUGAAGGUGGACGCUUAUCCGAACCGUUAGAUGCAGCAGAAAGCGAUGGAAUGACGAGCAGAGAAGAUGCAGACAGGCUUGAAGACGACAGUCCUGCAGCCGAUGCGGCAGCCUCAGCAGGAGACUCAGAAGAACCGGCAGUUGCGUCAUCUGAAGCUGCAGAAGAGGCUGAGGUUGGUCGCUCUGUGACUCAGGAAGACGGCAUCUUUUCUGCUGACAAGGCAGGGCAGGCAGAAGCAUCCGAAGAAGCCUCAGCACAGUCUGAAACGGUCAAGCAGCGCCUAGAGGAAGAAGGGGAUGCAGGUGGGUUCAAAGCAGAGGCAGCUGCAUCAGAAGCAGCAUAA